CUUAAAAAAGAAAGGAAAUAAACGCCCACCAAACUCCUCCUUGACGCCUGCCAAGACCCUCUCAGACCAAAAGGAGCGUCUCUGCUUGUUUCAGACCCUCACUCACAGAAGCAAUGGAUUCUACUCAAAACAUUUUGCUUGCUUCUUCUGGUGGCCUUCAAGUGGGAAGUAAAGGAGUGAGGAGGAGUUCAACCCUAAUUUGUGCUCCAAUAAUGGCAGAAUCAGUUGAUAAGAUGUUGAUUGAUAUGGACAAGGCAAAAACCCUUGGUGCUGACCUUUUGGAGAUUAGAUUGGAUCAUUUGAAGGCCUUCAAUGACAAUGUUGAUCUCAAGACCCUUAUUAAAGAAUCCCCUUUGCCCACUCUUUUCACAUAUAGACCAAAAUGGGAAGGUGGUCAGUAUGAUGGUGAUGAAAAAGAUCGACUUGAUGCACUUCGAUUAGCGAUGGAGCUUGGAGCUGAUUACAUUGAUGUCGAGCUUCAGGUUGCUCAUGAAUUCAUCGACUCCAUAUAUGGAAAGAAACCUGAAAAGUUUAAAGUUAUUGUCUCUUCUCACAACUAUCAACAUACUCCAUCUGUUGAGGCUCUUGGAAAUCUUGUUGCAAGAAUACAAGCCACUGGAGCUGACAUAGUGAAGAUUGCAACCACUGCCAUGGAUAUCACUGAUGUAGCACGCAUUUUUCAAAUAACUGUGCAUUCUCAAGUCCCAACGAUAGGACUUGUAAUGGGUGAGAGGGGUUUGAUUUCACGGAUACUUUGCGCAAAAUUUGGUGGUUAUCUUACUUUUGGUACGCUGGACUCGGGAAUAGUUUCAGCUCCUGGUCAACCUACUAUGAAGGAUAUAUUACAUCUUUACAAUUUUGCACAGUUAGGGCCUGACACAAAAGUGUUUGGCAUUAUUGGAAAGCCUGUCAGCCACAGCAAAUCACCUUUUCUGUACAAUGAAGGAUUCAAGUCAGUAGGUUUCAAUGGAGUUUAUGUACAUUUGUUGGUAGAUGACAUUGCAAAGUUUCUCCAGACUUACUCUUCAAUGGAUUUUGCUGGAUUCAGCAUUACAAUUCCCCACAAGGAAGCUGCACUUAAGUGCUGUGAUGAAGUUGAUCCAGUUGCAAAGUCAAUAGGAGCUAUUAAUUGCAUUAUAAGGAGACCAACUGACGGGAAGUUAUUUGGGUUCAAUACGGACUAUGUUGGGGCUAUUUCUGCUAUUGAGGAUGGACUGACAGGUUCACAUAAAAGUGGCAGUAUAACUGGUUCACCUUUAGCUGGUAGGCUGUUUGUUGUUAUUGGUGCUGGAGGUGCUGGCAAGGCGCUUGCUUAUGGUGCAAAACAGAAGGGAGCAAGGAUUGCAAUUGCUAACCGCACUUAUGAUCGAGCCAGAGAACUUGCAGACACAAUUGGAGGAGAUGCUUUGUCUCUUGCUGAUUUAGAUAAUUUCCACCCAGAGGAGGGCAUGAUUCUUGCUAACACAACAUCUAUUGGAAUGCAACCAAAGGUUGAUGAGACACCCAUUUCUAAGCACGCUCUGAGAUCUUACUCGUUGGUUUUUGAUGCUGUUUACACCCCCAAAAUGACCAGACUCUUGAAGGAUGCUGAAGCGUCAGGGGCCAUAGUUGUUAGUGGGUUGGAAAUGUUCAUUGGACAGGCAUAUGAACAGUUUGAGAGGUUCACUGGGUUGCCUGCCCCAAAGGAACUCUUUCGGAAAGUAAUGGACAAUAGCUCCUGAGGCAUAACGCUCUGUCAUUUCUUUUCUGGAGCUUUCAGUCUGAAAGAAUAAACACUUCGUGCAUGCCAAACAGCCAAACACCCUUGCUGCUGGUAAUGUCUUGUGUAACAAGCCACAGACGGGCUUGUUUCGUUGUCCUAAACGACCCAUGCUGCGCUUUCAGUGAAAUAAUCUGGACUGGGUUGGGGAUAUUCUAAUGCAAUUAGUCAAGCAAACACAAAAUAUGGAGCAUUUUACCUUGAAAAACUCAGGUUGUAAUACAAUUAUGUGCAUGAAUUUAUGGGAAACACAAAAAUAAUGACAACUACAUUAGAACUAAAAGAAAAAAAAAAAAGAAACAAAACAUUGGAUGACGUAGUUUUAAUAUAAUGCCCUUAUCUGAAGAAAAACAAGGACAUCCUGAUAGGGAUGGUAUAUAAAUAAAAUGAGAGCAAUGA